AUAUAUUUAUUGGUUCUAAAACAUUAUUUCAGUGACAGACGAAGGCGAACGAAGAUUCAGAGAAAAAGUUAUAAGAGCCAUCAGUCACUUAAUUCAACAGAGGCCAAGGCUUCCUUACUCUUCAAUGCAAAAAGAAACAAGAAGCAAUUGGCAGGAAAAAACAUCCACCAUCAAAGGUAUCCACAUUGCAGGACUGUAUGAAACAACAGACAAUGAGAAAACUGUACUUUGCCAAUCUUUUUAUAACUUUAACUUGAAGGGAUCUGAAGGUAGAAUCUCCUCUCUUGAAUUUUCACAAGGCAGUUCAAUGGAAAGGUUAAAUAAUGCACUCCACUAUCUCACUUGUUUGCCCAGUUUGGAAACAACACUACCCACAAGUGAAAUCUUGGAAGAAGAUGCAUUCUCCAAAGGACCAACAUUCAAUAUUAUGAUGUUGUUAAUUAGGUACCCAAUACCUAAUAAAUUUAUGGAUGAUAAUUUGAUGGACAUAGCUACAGAUUUUCAUAGAAAGUGGGGAGGAAACACUCGCAUCGUUUUCCACUCACACAUGUACACCAUUAUAGAGCUAUCAAGACCUUGAAGCCUCAAGAAUCAGCAUGCUUCAUCAAACAUUGAACAAUAUGCAUCCCCAAUAAAUUACAUUAUCAGUAGGCAAUGGCACUGAUCAAUAAAUGUAAGAGUGAUCCAAAAAACAUAAUUUAUGCUCCUAGCUUCUUUCAUUUGUAACAUCUACAUACAGGUGUAAGAUUAUUACAUUUGUAUUAGUUAUUUUUAAUUAAAUUUUU